AUCUAGUUGCUGUUUCUCCAAUUACACCAGCAGCCUUUUUUAGCAGAAGUAAUCCGGACAGAGCAGGCUGGUUUGGUGUAAUCUGGAAGGCUGCUGUAAUAACUGACAGAAAAGCACAGGGAAGGGCCUGGCAGCUGUAUAAAGCUCCCUCCAAGCCCUGAGCCUGUAGAAGUACAUCAGCCUCGGCCACCAGCAUGACCAGCCAGUCCCAAGGAAUCCAGCAGCUUUUGCAGGCAGAAAAACGUGCCAAGGACAAGCUGGAGGAAGCCAAAAAGAGAAAGGGAAAGAGACUGAAGCAGGCCAAAGAAGAAGCCAUAGCUGAGAUAGACCAUUACCGGUUGCAGAGGGAGAAGGAAUUCAGGAACAAGCAAACGAGUGUAAUGGGCUCCCAAGGUAACCUCUCUGCUCAAAUAGAAGAGCAAACAACAGAAACCAUCCGAAAUCUCACCAGCAGCUACCAGAAGAACAAGGAGAGCAUGAUGAAAAAGCUUCUGAACAUAACAUAUGAUGUCAAGCCCGAACUCCACCCAAACUUCAAAUAUGCAGCUUAAGAUCAACUAUAGCUAGAGGAAGGUUGUUUGUAAAAAGUAACCUUGUUUCUUAAUAACCACAGAUAGUUCCUCCUCUAUUGUUUCUGAAUGUGUGAGAGAAAACACUAAAGCCAGAAGCAUACAGUUCCACAAAGGUUUUGAUGUGAUGACAACCAUGCAGGGUUUCACAAGCAUUUGUUGGAAUAGUGUUGUUCCCUGUUGAUAGCCAAGCCCCUGUCAUUUGGACGGGUGCAAGUCAAUAACUGCAGAAGAAAUGAUUAUUUGACACCAGCAGCUUUUCAGUGGGAGUCUUUUUCAUAUCAAAUGUUCUGUACUAAACGGGUUGUUGCAUAAUGUCUGUUUAUCUCAAUCUUUAGUGUACUUCUAAUUUUUUUAAUCCUAAUUUAAAGCAAAAUAUAGAUAUCUUGGGCAGAAUUAUGUUCAAAAAGCCAUAUUCAAAGUAUCAUCCUGUUGUUUAAAUACAUCAUGGGCUUUAUUAUAGGGUUUUCAAGUCUGAAAAAUGACAACAGCAGCAAUCAUUAAUAAAUUUGCCUAUAUUCAAGGUGCACUCUAGCAUGCCCAUCAUUACCUAUACAGUUACACCAAAAGUACAGAAAUCCAUCAGCUCAGACCAUACCUCUGCUAUGCUAACUAGUCCCUUAUUCCACAAGAAGUUCAUGGAGAUCCAGUCAGUCAGGGCUCACUUACUGUUAUCUGAAGUGACCCUGAGUAACACUUCUCUCCACAGUGGCACAGGUUUCCCUUCAUAUAUAUUUUUCUGAAGUUAGGAAAAAAAUAUAUCGUCUGGUUGCUUUAAGU